AUGCCUCUCCAAGUCAUCGUCGUCGGCGCGGGCAUCGGCGGCCUCUGCACCGCCAUCGCCCUGCGGCAAGCCGGCCACUCGGUCCAGGUCCUCCAAAAAUCUACCUUCACCACCCCCCAAACAGGCGCCGCCCUCCUCCUCACCCCCAACGGCGAGCACGUCCUAUCCUUUCUCGGCUUCGACCACACGCGUGCGCGCGCCGACCAAAUGACGUGCUGGGAGGUGCUGGACGGGGCCUCGCUAGCCGCGCUGGCGCGCACCGAUUUGAGUGAUGCGCGGGAGCGGUUUGGCGCGCCGUUGCAUACGACUCGGACGGGGGAGGGGGGUGGAGACGGGGUUGGGGGUGGGGGUGAAACUGGGAGGGGUGGUGGUGGAAGGGGGGUGGGCAUGGGGACGGCGAGGUUGCGGAUGGGGGUGCGUGUUGUGGGUGGGGAUGCGGAAAAGGGGGUGGUUGAGCUGGAGGAUGGGGAGGUUCUGCGGGCGGAUCUGGUGGUGGCCGCUGAUGGGCUGCACUCGGUUCUUCGUGGUGUGGUGCUUGGGGAUGAGGGCCGUGACGCUGCCCGUGCGACGCCCUCCGGUCUGAGUGCCUUCCGCUUUCUCAUCCCUACGUCGAUGCUGGAGGGGAAUCCGCACUUCCGCGAGCUGCGCAAGGUCAAGGGGAAGGGGUCGACUGUCUUUGCGGAUACUACGCACGAGUCGGAGAGACAUCUAGUAUGGUACGACUGUCAAGGGGGGCAGGUGCAGAAUUUUGUGGGCAUCCAUUCGGCGCAUCAGGAGUGUGCUCCAGAGGGUGAGCGAAAUCCGGAGAAUACUCGAUUAAUGCUUCCCUUUGGAGGCCAGGGUGCUAACCAGGCCAUCGAGGACGCCGGGGCGCUGGGUGCUCUACUCAAAGGUGUCGAGUCCGCGGCAGCCCUUUCCGAACGCCUCGUCCUCUUCGAGCAAGUCCGUCGCUUGCGAGCGUCCAGAGUUCAGAUCAUGUCCAAAACACGCUUAGGCAAGGAGAAGGAGGUAGAGGAGGAGCUUCGGCAAUUUUCCGACCCCCUGAAUCCAACACGACUUUGGUAUUGCUCCAAGUUCCGAACUGAGUUCGAAAGCAGGAUCUCGGUUCACGGCUAA